GUAGUUGCCAUGUUGGAUGGCCGCAUCGUCGCUGCGGCUGCUUCACUUUGAACGAUGAAAUUCUCGAGUUUCUCCGUCUGAAAAUACGAACCACGGGCGAUUAUUUGUCGUAAACCACAUUGCAGCGACGAAUCGAGUCGUUUUGCGAACAAGCUGUGGUCCAAGGAGACACGCCCGGUCGUUGGCCGCCCUCCAAAGCUAGGCAAGCCUGGCCGCAAAUCGGCGGCGAUGAUCCGGCUGAUGGAGGCCACAGCGCCCGCAGCCCGCAUGGACGUCGUGUGAAUUUCGUCGGUUUUUUUGUUUUUUUGUGUGUUUCCUCGGGCUACUUCCACGUCCUUUUGGGGGGGGGGGGGCCUCCGCUCACAGGCCAUGAACAGCCACCCGCUGCCCCGCCGGGUCGCCAACGUGGGCUCCCUGCUGCUCACCCCGCAGGAGAACGACUGCCUGUUCGGCUACCUGGGCAGGAAAUGUGCGACGUUGUGUUCGGCGGUGGUUCAGGUGUACGCUGCCGAGCGGACGUGCGGCUGGCUGAAGAAAUGCUGCGGCGUGGUGUGCCUGGUCAAGGACAACCCGCAGAGGUCGUACUUCAUUCGAGUCUUCGACAUCAAGGAGGGCAAGACCAUGUUCGAGCAGGAGCUGUACCACAACUUCUCCAUCAGCUGUGCCAGGUCUUACUUCGUCUCCUUUGUGGGAGAUAGCAACCAGAUCGGUUUAAACUUCGCCAGCGAGGAAGAAGCCAAACGCUUCCGAGCGUCCGUCAACGAGCUGCUCGGCCGCAGGCAACGCAAGACCGAGAAAAACGGUGUGUCUAAAAAUGGUCCGACGCUGCACAUGGCCACGGUGGACAUAAAAAAUCCGGAGAUCAACAAUGCGCGCCUGCUCAACACCCUCGGCUCGCAGUACCACGUCAACAAUGUGCUGAGUCACAAGAAGGACAAAAAGAACAAAGUAAAGAAGAAGAAGCUGACCAAGGCCGACAUUGGCACGCCCAGCAACUUCCAGCACAUCGGUCACGUGGGCUGGGACCCAAACACGGGCUUUGAUCUGAACAACUUGGACCCGGAGCUGAAGAACCUGUUUGACAUGUGCGGCAUCUCAGAGGCGCAACUGAAGGACCGAGAAACCUCCAAGGUCAUCUACGACUUCAUCGAGAAGAAAGGCGGCGUCGAGGCCGUCAAGAAUGAGCUGAGGAGGCAGGCGCCCCCUCCGCCCCCCUCUCGGGGAGGCCCCGCUCCUCCUCCUCCACCUCCGCCCUCGCACAGCUCCGCCCCGCCUCCCCCGCCUCCCCCGUCCAGAGGAGGCCGCGGGGCACCUCCCCCUCCCCCGCCCCCGUCCCGCGCCCCCUCCUCCGCACCUCCGCCCCCGCCCCCUACCAGGCCGGGUACUUUGGGUGCACCGCCCCCUCCUCCCAGCAGGGGAGGCCCUCACCAGCACCACCUUCAGCCUCCGCUUUCUUCGAACUCUUCCCCGCAAACGUCGCCGCCUCCUCCUCCCCCGCCAGCCCACCGGUCCCCGGUGAAUCGAGGCACCUCGGCCGCCCCCGCACCCGCCCCGCCCGCUCCCCCUCCUCCUCCGCCACCCCCUCCUCCGCCGCCGGAGUUGGAUGCCGUUCGGAGCGACGCGCCUUGCUCGCCGCAGCCCCACGGGAAGUCUGCGCUGCUGGAGCAGAUCCGGGGCGGCGCCCAGCUGAAGAAGGUGGAGCAGAACCACAGAGAGCCGCCACCCAGCGGCACCGCCGGAAGGGACGCGCUGCUGGACCAGAUACGCCAGGGCAUCCGGCUCAAGACGGUGUCGGAUCAUCAGGAGUCCGGCGCCCCGACGCCGGGGCCCACCGCGGGCAUCGUGGGCGCCCUCAUGGAAGUCAUGCAGAAGCGGAGCAAAGCCAUCCACUCUUCAGAAGACGAAGAUGACGACGACGAGGAAGAAGACUUUGAGGACGACGACGAGUGGGACGACUGAAAACAUAAUUUUCCAGAAGCGGGCUCCAAUUGUACAAAUGUUGCGUGUAUUUAUUUUGACUUGUUUGCGCUUUUUUUAAAUUAUUGUCACUUCCGUUAAAGCUAACGCGUCAUCGUCGUCGCCGUAGUUAGGCAGCCAUCUUGAGAACACACUUCCCCCGUCGUGAAGACAUUUCAGCGUUUUUUUUUUUUGUUUUUGUUUUUUUUGUACGAGUCUUGUUUUUUUUUUCUUUUUUUUUUCCCCCCCCCCCCUUAACGUUUUUCCCGCCUGCAGAGGCUCUUAGCCGUCAUCUUAUUUUCCCUCUCCAAGACCAAAAUGCUACAGUUAAGCUACUUUUUUUAUGAUGAUGAUUAUUGUUAUUAAUGUGACUGAGGCGUUCAUUUGCACAAGCAUUGUUCGUUUUUUUUUUUCGUGUCUUCACCCGAUGGCAUUUUAUUUCCAGCAUUCAAAAGUUCCAUCUCUGGCAUCCGAUUGGUCUGCCGGGCGCGUGGCUAUGUCAUGUUCUUAUGCAAAGCGAAUAACAGUGAACCAAAAUGUAGACCGUGAAAAAAUAUAAUCACCGUUUUGUUUUUAACUACACCGGCCAGGCCAAACUAUAUGUGGAGAGAUACUAAAUUGUAUACUUAAUAAAUGUUAAUAUUUACAGUCAA